AUGGCUAGAGCAUUUUGUCGUCUCCUGGCUGGCCGUGCAACUGCUGCACUCUUUGCAGCAGCAGGCACAGGGGUCCUAACCAGUGGGUACCUCCUCAAUAAGCAAAGUGUUAAGGCUGUUGUUCAAGAAAAACGAAAACUCUUCCCUCCGAGUGCAGACUAUCCUGAUCUCCGCAAACAUAACAACUGCAUGGCUGAAUGCCUCACACCAGCAAUUUAUACUCGGCUAAGAGACAAGAUGACUCCCAAUGGCUACACUCUAGACCAGUGUAUCCAAACCGGAGUUGACAAUCCCGGCCAUCCUUUCAUUAAAACUGUGGGCAUGGUUGCAGGUGAUGAAGAAUCCUAUGAGGUAUUUGCUGAGAUUUUUGACCCUGUCAUUAAAGUGAGACAUAAUGGCUAUGAUCCAUGCACAAUGAAGCAUCACACAGACCUGGAUGCAUCCAAGAUCUCCCAUGGCCAAUUUGAUGAACGCUAUGUCCUCUCAUCGCGUGUACGUACCGGUCGUAGCAUCCGGGGCCUCAGCCUUCCUCCAGCUUGUACCAGGGCAGAGAGAAGAGAAGUGGAAAAUGUUGUGGUCACUGCUCUAGCUGGGCUGAAAGGAGAUCUUUCUGGAAAGUACUAUAGUUUGACCAAUAUGUCUGAGAAGGAGCAGCAGCAGCUUAUUGAUGAUCAUUUUCUCUUUGAUAAGCCAGUGUCCCCCUUGCUAACAUGUGCUGGGAUGGCACGUGACUGGCCAGAUGCCAGAGGAAUCUGGCAUAACAAUGACAAGACAUUUCUUAUCUGGAUUAAUGAAGAGGACCACACCAGGGUGAUCUCCAUGGAAAAGGGUGGCAACAUGAAACGCAUGUUUGAAAGAUUUUGCUAUGGUUUGAAAGAGGUUGAAAGAUUAAUUAAAGAACGAGGCUGGGAGUUCAUGUGGAAUGAACGUCUUGGAUAUGUUCUGACUUGUCCUUCCAAUCUGGGAACUGGUUUACGUGCUGGAGUCCAUGUUAAGCUGCCAAAGCUUAGCAAGGAUCCCAGGUUUCCAAAAAUCCUGGAGAACCUGAGGCUGCAGAAGCGUGGUACUGGUGGAGUGGACACAGCAGCUGUAGCAGAUGUGUAUGAUAUCUCCAACCUGGACCGCAUGGGACGAUCAGAGGUAGAACUAGUUCAGAUUGUCAUCGAUGGGGUCAACUAUUUAAUCGACUGUGAGAAGAAACUGGAAAGAGGUCAAGACAUUAAAGUACCACCACCGUUACCUCAGUUUGGCAGGAAGUGA